CCCCCGGCGGACUUGGGGCGGGGUGGGCGCCCGGAGUGCGCGAAGGCGAUGGCGCCGGCGGCGUCCAGGCUGCGGGCCGAGGCCGGGCUCGGGGCGCUGCCGCGGCGCGCGCUCGCCCAGUACCUGCGCCUCCUGCGGCUCUACCCGGUGCUCACCAAGGCGGCCACCAGUGGCAUUUUGUCAGCACUUGGGAACUUCCUGGCCCAGAUGAUUAAGAAGCGGAAAAAAGAAAACAGCUCUCAAAAGCUAGAUGUCAGUGGGCCUCUCAGAUAUGCCAUUUAUGGGUUCUUCUUCACAGGGCCGCUGAGUCACUUCUUCUACCUAUUCAUGGAGCACUGGAUCCCUCCCGAGGUCCCCUGGGCAGGGGUCAAGAGGCUCCUCCUGGACCGCCUCCUCUUUGCACCGGCCUUCCUGUUGUUGUUCUUCGUCGUCAUGAGCUUCCUGGAGGGUGGAGACGCGGCCGCCGGCGCCGCCAAGGUGAGGAGCGCGUUCUGGCCGGCGCUGCAGAUGAACUGGCGCGUCUGGACCCCAGUGCAGUUCAUUAAUGUCAACUACGUCCCCUUGCAGUUCCGGGUGCUGUUUGCAAACCUGGUAGCUCUCUUCUGGUAUGCCUACCUGGCCUCCCUGGAGAAGUGAGCAUGAUCUGGAGGGAACGUCAUGCACACUGCUGAGCUGCAUCAGGGGGGACACUCACCUGCCCAGGGCGAGCACUAACAGGACUAAUCUGACUCUAGACCAUGUGACUGGUGGAGAAACAGCAAUCUCUUAGUGUCAGAAACUUGUAUUUUUAAAAGGCAGUAGUUGAAUUUGGGUGGUGCUGCCCAGAAACUUAAAAUACGUAAAGAAGGGUCACAAUAAACUAUAAUGUAGCC